CUGGGUGAUUUUCCGAAGUUAAUUUUAAAAGUCCCAGUAGCUCUCGGCUUGAUGCGUGUUCCGUGGAUGAAGUGAACCAUUCUCUGACCGUCUUGUUUCUUGACCCAGACAUGAACUGACCACCUUCAUCCCCGCCCAUCAUGGCUUUGACCCCCGAGCAACGGGCCCGCAUGGAGGCCAGCAAAGCCCAAGCUUUGGCCAAACGCCGGGCCCCACCGCCCCUCGUUCCAUCGCCCAACCCACCGCCCCAGGCAGGCUUGUCGUCCAUGGCUGCGGUGGUGCUGAGUGGUCGUAAGUUGGUGGGCUCAUGUAUGUUGUUGCCUCAUCGGCGAUUCCGGGUGAAGAUUGGCUUUCAUGAUACGCUCAUACAAAUCUUUAAAACUUUGCCAAGUGGGGCGUAUAACGCCCAAGAUCGGACCUGGCAUUUUGACCUCUCCGACCACGACCGGCUCAUCAGUCAGGUUCAACCGCUCCGACCUCAAGUGCAAGUCGACCCGCUGCCCAAGUGUGUCAUCCAGACAUUUACUCGCCCUGCCCCAUCGAUUGAGUCCGAAACAGAAGCCGAAGAACUCACUCAGCGACUCGAACCCACGCUAGAACAAGGUUUGAUGCCCUUCCAAAAGGCUGGGGUAGCCUUUGCUCUUCGGCGUCAGGGAAGAGUGUACAUUGCCGAUGAUAUGGGUCUGGGUAAGACGGUGCAAGCCUUGGCCGUGGCCAGUGCUUAUCGUUCUGAGUGGCCCCUGCUCAUAGUGUGCCCGAGUUCGGUUCGUUUCUCGUGGCGGGAUGCGCUUCUUCGUUGGAUACCGUCCGUGCCGGAGGAAGAUGUGACUGUAAUAACUACCGGAAAGGACUUUUUAUGCAAUGGCCAGGCUGUCGUCAUAAGCUACGAUCUCAUGUCGAGAAAAGAGAAGGAGCUCAUCGAUCGUCAAUUUGCCGUGGUCAUCAUGGAUGAAGCCCAUUUCUUGAAGAACUACAAGUCAAACCGGUUUCAAUCUACAGAGAAGAUCGUCAAGAAGGCUCGUCGAUUGAUUCUCCUGAGUGGCACUCCUGCCCUCUCUCGACCCAUUGAAUUAUAUUCCCAGAUAUCGCUAGUCAUGCCCAAGUUGUUUCCUUACGCCGUGGAAUUUGGAAUGCGAUAUUGCAACGGCAAAAAAAUCACCUUACCCAGAGGAUCUCACUAUGACUUCAAUGGCUCGUCCAAUAUGGACGAAUUGAAGAUGCUUUUGGAAGAGACGUGCAUGAUUCGCCGUCUUAAAAGUGAGGUCCUCGCUCAGUUGCCAUCCAAACAAAGGGAAAUGAUUCUUCUGGAUCCUAGUCUGAUUAAGUCAAAAUCAAAGGAAAUGGAAAUGCAAGCUCAAAAAAUGGGUCUCAAGUCGUUAUCUCAAAUGGAACGGCGCGGGGUUCUCUUGGAAUGGUUCAACUCGACGGCCAAGGCGAAGCUCAAGGCCGUAUCCGAAUAUGUCAAGGAUCUCCUCGAGAGCGAUCGCAAAUUCAUUUGCUUUGCUCAUCACCAAAUCAUGAUGGAUAAUAUCGCAGAAGUAUUGGUCAAACGGAAAACGCGGUUCAUCCGAAUCGACGGAAACACGAGUAGCGAGGCGCGGAACAAGCAUUGCGAUCAAUUUCAACGCGACGAUCGAACUAAAGUGGCUCUUCUCUCUAUCACGGCGGCGAAUGCUGGUCUCACAUUAACGGCAGCUCAUCUUGUGGUCUUUGCCGAGCUAUUCUGGAACCCAGGCAUUUUGACUCAAGCAGAAGAUCGCGCCCAUCGAAUUGGUCAAUCCGAUUCCGUAACUAUCCAAUACCUUGUAGCCAAAGGAACGGCCGACGACGAACUGUGGCCUUUAUUGCAAAAGAAGCUGGAUGUCUUGAAUAAAGCCGGUUUGAGUAAGGACAAUUUUCACGAAUCCAGUGCCCUCCAACAUGUCAAAAAGGCUGACGAAGAGGCCAAUGCGUCCAUCUGCUCACCCUCGAAAAUUACAGACUACUUUUCAACCUCCCUCAACGAACUUGAUUUGUCCGAUUGGGAUCCCAAGGAACUCGAAGAGGACGACGAAAAUGAUCCAAAUGAGCCCUGCAACAGCAAAAAGCCCAAGUGGUCAAACGGUACCAUUACGCUACUUACUUGCUGGCUAGCGCUUAAUCCGAAACAUGGGACGACCCAGCUAGACCUAAGUCUUGCUUGCGCUUCACCUUCGGUAGAUCGGGAUCGCUCGCUCUCUCUGCAUCUGGCCAUGCCACAAGGAGCUGGCCGCAGUAAAGCCUUUAGCGGCUCCAAGAAGAAGGUCCAACUUCAGGCCAAGCGGCAGAAAAAUGCCGCCAAGCCUUCGCGGGGUGAGAAAGUGGACGCGAUUUUCGGCGCUCAGCGGGACCCAGAUCCGGAGGCGGUUUCGACUGAGACCCGUGCUUCUACCGUAGUGACGGGAUCGGACAUUCAGAAGGACAUUUCUGGCCAGAUCAUGCAAGAUAUGGCUCUGCCUUCUGGGGCGGGGCAAGGCCGGAAUCGCUUCAAUCUCCGGUUCAACACGGAGUCCCAAGCCGAGCUGCAAAUGCUUCGCCAACAAGCCACGCAGAAGAUCAACCCGUGUGGCCAGUGGGAAAUGGAGUGCGGUUCCGAGGACUUCUUUUCCGAAGCCUUUGAUUUUCCUCAACGGCCUCGUUGGGAUCAUCUCAAAUCGAAAGCAGCCUUGGAAGCGCACGAAUCCCAAUAUUUCCACGACUAUGUGCAAAGCUUGUUCCAGGAUCAUAGUGAUCUGAGUUACUUCGAGUUGAACUUGGAGACUUGGCGACAACUCUGGCGAGUUAUCGAGAUGUCGGACGUGAUCCUGGUCACGGUGGAUAUCCGAUAUGCGGCCGCCAUGUUUCCACCUUCUUUAUUCAAGUUCAUUCAAGAUCAAGGUAAAGAUGUGGUCCUGAUCCUGAAUAAAGUGGACUUGGUGCCCGUGGGCCUGGCACUGGCUUGGCGAGAGUACUUUGUCUCCAAAUACCCCGGUCUCCGGGUCACGUUUUUCACCUCGUGCCCAACCUACAAUCUUCGCACCAACUUCAUAACCGAACCAACCGGACUGCAACAUCGACGACUUCGAGGUCGGAUCUCCAUGGUCAAAGAGGGUGCCCAACAGGUUUGGGAGGCGUGCCAGGCCAUUGUGCAAGAUGCCGGAGCCGAAGUCGACCUUGAGGCCUGGAAAACGCUCAUCAUGGCGAGCGAUCAACCGGAUCAUCCCGGCGAGCCUCAGUCAGUCAUCAAGGCUCAAGUGGCCAAAGAGGAGACCUUGCCUCACAUCCAAACCCAACGCUUUCAAGACCAAAUCCUCACCAUCGGCAUGGUGGGUCAGCCCAAUGCGGGCAAGUCUUCCCUGAUCAAUUCCUUGAUGGGCAAGCGCGUGGUGUCUGUCAGCAAGACGCCGGGUCACACCAAGCACUUCCAGACCAUUUUCAUCACCCAGUCCGUCAAGUUGUGCGAUUGCCCGGGUUUGGUCUUCCCGUCUAAAGUGCCCAAGGCCUUGCAGUCUAUCAUGGGCAGCUAUCCCAUCUCGCAAAUACGCGAAUUGUUUUCGGUGGUGCAAUUCCUGGCUCGGCGAGUAGAUUUACUUCACAUUCUCAAAUUGAGCCAUCCUGACAAAAAGGCCCACGAGUCUUGGUCGGCAUUUGAUAUUUGCGAGGCAUGGGCCUUUAAACGAGGCUACAUCACCGCCCGGUCCAAUCGACCCGAUAUCAACCGAGCCGCCAAUCACAUCUUGCGAAUGACGCUGGAGGGAAAGAUUUGUCUAGCCUAUUAUCCUGUGGGUUAUGUGGAUCGUCGAACCUAUUGGAAAGAGCACCCACAAUGUGAAGCAAUCCGUGAUCUUCUCGGUUGGAAUCGCCAAGAAGAAUCCCACGCCCGAGGAGGUAAAGACAUCAUAGACAUGGGCUCUGAUGAGGACGAGGAAGAAGAAGAGUCUGACGAAGAAGACUCGGAAGAGGAAGAAGAUAACCGACCCAAAGUGGUCAAUAAAUUUAGUUUAUUGGGUGUUAUGAAUGAUGAAUAAAUCCGUUGUUUGUGCUUAA